CAGAAAGACGAGUGAGAAGUCUCCCCUCCACGACGAAAAAAAAAGGGGGGGGGGAGGAGUCAACAAGAGAAAAUUCAUAGCCAUUGGCCAACAAGAGAGAGAAGAGAACCCCCAUCCAGCGGCUGCGAGAGAGAGAGAGAGGGAGAGAGAGAGAGAGAGAGAGUUGAAGAAGGAAAAAGGGGCCAUCGUCUCAGCACCGGGAAACAUUUUCUACCUCUCAGCUUAUCAAUUGCCUUCUCUCUUCCCCGAGAAAUCUGGAUUAUUCAAUAAGGUUGGUCUCUUCAGAGUACAACAGACAGCGUCAGGAGAAGAAGAAGGGGAAGGCUUUGAUCGAGGGAAGAUGGGGUUUCACUGCUGCUGGGGCUCUCCAGCUGAAUCUUCAACCCCUGUAACCACUGGUCAUCUCAGCACAGUUCUCAUUUUUUUGUUCCCAGAGAGGAUAUCUCAGACGACAAGCAACACGACAUCUUCAGGAGGAAGCAACUUCUCCAAGAACAGCCACUUCUCAGCAGCAAGUGGCGACGAGGCAUAUCCAAAUGGGCAGAUCCUCCCUGACCCGAACUUGAGGAUUUUUACUCUGGCCGAGUUGAGGGCUGCCACUAGAAACUUCAGGCCUGACACCGUCCUCGGAGAAGGAGGGUUUGGGAAGGUCUUCAAAGGGUGGUUGGAAGAGAAGUCCUCUUCGAGGAAUGGAAGUGGGUCUGUGAUUGCUGUGAAGAAGCUCAACUCUGAGAGCUUGCAGGGCUAUGAGGAGUGGCAGUCAGAGGUCAAUUUCUUGGGGCGACUUUCUCAUCCCAACCUCGUGAAGCUCCUGGGAUAUUGUUUAGAAGAAAAAGAGUUGCUCCUCGUGUAUGAGUUUAUGCAGAGGGGCAGCUUGGAGAAUCAUCUAUUUGGAAGAGGUUCUGCAGUUCAGCCUCUUCUAUGGGACUUACGGCUUAAAAUUGCUAUUGGAGCAGCCCGAGGCCUUGCCUUUCUUCAUCGGUCAGAGAGGCAAGUGAUAUACAGAGAUUUCAAGGCCUCAAACAUCCUGCUUGAUGGGAAUUAUAAUGCCAAGUUAUCGGACUUUGGUUUGGCAAAAUUGGGCCCUUCAGCAAGUCAAUCACAUGUAACAACCCGUGUAAUGGGGACAUAUGGUUAUGCCGCUCCCGAGUAUGUUGCUACAGGGCAUUUGUAUGUAAAGAGCGACGUCUACGCAUUUGGAGUCGUCCUAGUGGAGAUGCUGACGGGUCUGCGGGCCCUCGACCCGACCCGCCCGAGCGGGAGACACAAUCUCAUUGAUUGGAUCAAGCCCUUCUUAUCUGACCGGAGAAAGCUCAAGGGCGUCAUGGACUCUCACCUUGAGGGGAGGUAUCCCUCAAGGACAGUCUUCCAGAUUGCCCAGUUAGCCUUCAAGUGUCUCGAGGCCGAGCCCAAGUUCCGCCCCUCGAUGAAGGUAGUUGUGGAGACUCUUGAGCGGCUUGAGGCUGCCGGUGAGAAGCCAACUGAGCCGAGGAGUCGCCCUAAUAAUCACCCAAUGGCUCGACGGAAUCAUGAGCCCUUGCACCACAGGUCUCCUCUGCACCUAAGGCCAGACAGUAAUGGACGAGCAUAUCAAAAUUCACCACGGAGGUAACUUGUUUAAGUGUGUCCUGGAGAGGCAAAUCUGGGCAGCUGUGACAUCUCUAAGGUGCUGGAAUCAGAGUGCUGUUCCUAUUCUUUUAUGGGCUAUCAGCUGUAUUGGGUUCUUUGAUUAAUGUGAUAUCUUCGGUCGGGUCCAGAAGAGGAUCCCGAUAGUCGUGUCUCUGUAAUUACUGUGCUAGGUAAAGUCAUCCGUGUAAAAUAUUUUACCCUGGUCGUGCUGUUACUGGAAGUGAGUCGAUGGAAGCUCGAAAUAUUUUCUUGAACUCUGAUCUCUCUUGAGGAUAAAGAGUUUUUCAUGAUUAAUGGUUUUCA